UCUGAUACUCCCGUCCUCCAAUGCUUGGCUCAAGGCAUCGCCAUCCGAACGCAGGGCGCAGCUAAUCAUUUUCGACUGCAAUUGACUGCUGCAUUAGGGAUUGCAGUUCUCCCUAUACCCAUCCUGGGCGUAGUGGCGCAAGUAUAUAAACAAAAGUCGAACCCUCCCGUUUCGUUUCCAAUCCCAUCCAUUCAAGUUCUUUGUGCCAAGUUCCUUGUCAUUCUUUUUUUCAAGUGUUGUUCUUUUCACUCUAGAAGAGAGAAACACUCACACAUUCGUUUACUAAGCUUCUUGUACAAGCCAUUCCAUUCAUUUCUUGGUCGAACACUAUCAAACCCAACUAUCAACGUCCCAAACAAUUAUCAGCAGCAUGCCUUCGCUCCGAAGCAUCCUUCUCUACGGCUUGUCCACCCUCUCUGUCGCAUCCGCGGCGAUCGGUGAUGCCUCCGAGUGCGAUGUCAAGUCGCACGGCAUGGCUGUGACCGACUCCAAGACGACUGGUCGAUCUGAUGGAGAGGCGUUCUGCACAUCCAAGAUCAAGCAGGGCAAGGUUAUCAAUGGAAUGGAGUGCUGGGCCGACAAGGACUCGGUCCGAGGACUCAAGUUCUAUUACACUGAUGAGAGCGAAAUGAUGAUUGGAAAGAAGGACAACUUGAACGGAAGAGUUGUGAACAUGAAAGCACGAUGGAAUCCUACAGCCGACAGGUUCGAGCACCUCCAGCUCUGGGACAACGGUUGGGGCGGUAUGAUCGGCCGCAUUGACGCAAAAUGGUCCAACGGCCAGGCCAUCAACUGCGGCAGGGAGGCCCAAUGGGGUGGCCCCACCUACGAAGCUGAUCGUGGCGCUGGAGGCAUGUUGAUCGGCGCCGACGGUGGUGUUGGCGAUGGUAUCGACAACAUCCGCUUCUACUUCACUGCUACUGCCCCCUCUCGCGUCACUCUCAGGGACCUUGUUAUCCCCGGCCUCAACACUAACGAUGGAUUGAAGCAAAUCUCGCUCAAGACCCUGCGCAUCAUCAACCGCUUCGAGAACGACACGCUCAAGACCAAGGACUUUGACUGGAGGGAGAAGGUCGAGAGGAAGAGGCUGUUCAACUUCCAAGAGACCAAGACUUUCGGUUUCGACCAGACUUUCGGUAUCCAAGCUGGCCUCCCCAAGGGAGCUUCCAUCGAGUCGACGACUUCAUUCAAGUGGGAGACCUCGGAGCAGACUACCAAGGAGAACAUUGACAACAUGGAAGACGAGCAGUCUUGGGGUAUUCAGCCUUUGACCAUCAAUCCCGGCAAGGCUAAGGUGAUCGAAAUCAAGGCCAUCAAGGGUACCCUCGAGAACCAGGCCUACACAGCCAAGAUGGAAGUUACAUUCAAAGACUCCUCCAAAUUCACAUACCAGACCAAGGCCUCGUUCGGAUUGGUCCAGUACACCUCCAUGGACGCCAUUUUCUCCGAUGAGGAUGCCGACGUUGCCAUCGAUGCCAUCGGUGGAAACAAUGUCGAGGUCGACACAAGCGGACGCGUCAUGACUAAGAACGAGUCUCAGAGAGCAAACGAUGCGGCCAAGACGAAGCCAAAGACGGCUAAGGUUGCGCGCGACGACAACAAAGUCCCGGGUGGCGAGCCUUGCAACAACUGCAGCAAGCCCGGAAGGCGAUCUAUUAGGUACAGCGCUUAA